AGAGGACGACCACGAACGAGCCCUGCGAUUAUCGACAACAUAUUACAUCUUACACAGCCACAUACCUUAAACGGUCUUGCAUUUAUACCCCUAGGUUCGACCUGGGAAAGCUUCCCCGCAAUCGCGCGCCCUCGCCGAACGAUGCCCGAUUUCGCUCUUUUUGAGUAUUGGCAGGACCUGACCAUUCUUUAGACAUCCUUUACGACAGACGUUAUACGUAUAUUGAACUACUCGAAGGAAGGAAAAGAGAGAAAAUCUUUGAGAACCUGGGGGGCAUUACUGCCCAGGUCAACCAUCAUGGAAGCCGAUUGGGAUGAGCUAUCGCGCAUCCCGGUGCCUCCCCCGGGCCCGCAUGCGCUGCCGACGAUUGCCACGACUAUUGCUUUUGAUGAUGUGAUGGAGCUUUUGUGGAUGGGGAAUGAAUUCGGACGAGUUAUGUCGUUUUACGGGCCGGAAUUACAGAGAUAUACCUCCGUUCGAGCACACCCUGCCACUGAAGGCUUGGUACGACAGAUAUUAUUUCACGAGAGAGGUGUGAUUUCGCUGUCCUCGAAGAGCGUGCACAUGAUAUCCCGACGCGGCCUCACGCAAUGGCACGUUUCCCACGAUGAAAUGACCGACCUGCGGUGCAUGAGUUUUACGGCGCAAACAAAUCGGAUUAUCGUGGCGGGGUGUCAACGGAGCAUGUUUACGAUCGAUAUUGAUAAGGGGAUUAUUGUCGACAAGUUGCCCACCGACCACAACUAUACAAUCAUGAAGAAGAGUCGGUACCUGUGUGCUGGGACAGACACGGGCUUAGUGAAUGCGCUCAGUUUGCUUGAUUUCCGCGUCGUCAAGUCAUGGAAAGCACAUGGGACUGCGGUCAACGACAUGGAUGCCCGGAACGACCUGCUGGUGACCUGCGGGUUUUCAGUUAGGCAGAUGGGCGCCCCGAUUGCCGAUCCGCUCGCCAACGUUUAUGAUCUGAAGACAUUGGCGCCGUUACCUCCGAUUCCUUUCCAUGCCGGUGCAGCCUAUGUGCGCAUGCAUCCGAAGCUACAUACCACCAGUUUCGUGGCGUCUCAAACCGGACAGCUGCAAGUGGUGGAUCUUAUGAACCCUAAUGCCAUCAACCUUCGUCAAGCCAACGUCCCCUUCAUGCUUGGUAUUGACUUGUCACCUUCCGGAGAAGCUCUAGCUAUUAAUGAUACGGAGUGCUCGAUUCACCUUUGGGGCUCUCCCGCAAAGGUACAUUUCAAUGAAAUGAGCAGGGAGGUUGAAUUUGCAGAUGUCACACCGCGCCCACCUCCUCUCGACUGGUCUCUCGAUACACCGCUGAACAUGAUAGGUAUGCCUUAUUACCACGAGCGCCUUUUUUCUGCCUGGCCUAGUCACCUGGUGUUCGAAGUUGGCAGCCCACCAGCUCUUAUCGAUCCCUCUAUAAUUCCCUACCUCCGUCCUGCUGAUAUGGGCCACGGCGCACCAAAUCCAAAGAAGUCUAGGCGAUACCAGGUCGAAAACACCCGCGCGUUGGCAUCUCCUGAGCCUGCUCUUAUUGCCCCCAAGUUCCUGAGUGAGAAGGCACGGGAACAGAACAAGGCCAAAUUGGAUGGGUCCCUCAAUGAUGCCGCAGAGGCUCUGGCGGGUGCGAAGAUUAAUGGACAAUCCGAUGACGACCCGCUCCUUAAAUACAGCAACGUCGAAAUCAAAUACAGUAGGUUUGGUGUUGAUGAUUUCGACUUCAGGUUUUAUAACAAGACCGUCUUCUCUGGUCUCGAAACACACAUUGCAAACUCCUUUGCUAACGCCCUCCUUCAACUCUUCAAAUUCAUCCCACUCGUCCGAAAUCUGGCGCUUCACCACGCUGCCAGUCCUUGUAUCUUCGAGAGCUGCCUUUUAUGUGAGAUGGGCUAUCUCUUCGACAUGCUCGAGAAGGCAAAAGGUCAAAACUGUCAGGCCACCAAUCUAUUAAAAACCUUUAGCAGCUUCCGGGAGGCGUCGAACCUGGGACUGCUUGAAGAGAAUCUCACCACCAAAUCUCUUUCGACAGCUAUUCAGUCGGUUAAUAGGUUCUUCCUUGGCCAGAUCGCUCAUGACUCACGCAUGGUACUACCGAAUGGGGAUGAUUUUGAUCGUCAUCUUACUACGCUCGCGUCGGAAUCAAUCCGGUGCAUGUUCUGCCAGAAUGAGAUUGUCAGAGCCGGGAAUUCAUCGCUGACGGAAUUAAUAUACCCACCUGUCGAUGUCAAACAAGUUCGAAGGCACCCGGCAUACCGAUUUUCCAACAUUCUCAGAGCCAGUAUUGAGCGGGAAACCCAAAAUAGAGGGUGGUGCAAUUACUGCCGACGCUACCAGCAAGUCGCCAUUCGGAAAACAGUACACCGUAUGCCACUCGUUUUGAUGAUCAAUGCGGCACUCAACAACCCCAUUUGCCGACGACUUUGGGCGAUGCCUGGCUGGCUCCCGGAGCAAGUUGGUCUUGUUGUUGACAACGGCCAAAUUAUGUGCUAUGAAGGAGAGGAUCUGAAGGCGCGAAUGCAGAAUAAUAUGCCGGGUCUCUUGAUAUACGACCUGGUUGGUGUCGUUUCUGAGAUUGAUAUCCCGGAGCAUCAAAAGCCCCACCUUGUCUCGUUUAUUAACGUUUCGAUUUCUGCUCAGGAAAAGCAGGAAAGGAAUAGGUGGCAUUUGUUCAACGAUUUCUUGGUCACCGAAGUGGACAAGGAUGAGGCGCUCAUGUUUAAUCAGCCCUGGAAAUUCCCCUGCGUCUUGUCGUACCAGGUUCGGGACGCUCGUCAUGCGAUUGAUGACACCUGGAAACAGUUGCUUGACACUACUCUUCUUUUCCGCGAGUGGUCUUUGAAUGGUGGCCGUCCGAUUGAAUCAUGCCGUAAACUUACAGAACAGGAAAAGCCAUCCCCAGGCACACCCGUCGCUCUUGACACGGAGUUUGUCGACCUAGAAAAGGCGGAGAUCGAUGUCAAAGCCGAUGGAUCGCAGGAGAUUGUUCGACCAAGCAGGAGCGGACUUGCUCGAGUCUCUGUGCUGCGCGGCGCAGGAUUACAAGAGGGCAUUCCUUUCAUUGACGACUAUAUUACGAUUAAGGAAACGAUUGUCGACUACGUAACACAGUACUCUGGUAUUAAGCCUAGCGAUUUGGAUCUGAGGACCAGUGAACACAAUCUUGUCCCGCUCAAGAUUGCAUACAAGAAACUCUGGCUUCUUCUCAACUUGGGUUGCAUUUUCGUCGGACAUGGCCUGGCCUCCGACUUCCGCCAGAUCAACAUCCAGGUCCCCAAGAGCCAGACCGUGGAUACGCAAUAUCUCUACUUCCACCCUGCCAAAAACCGUCGUCUCAGUCUUCGGUAUCUUGCCUGGGCCGUAUUCAAAGAGUUCAUCCAAGAAGAACCAACAGAUCCCAGCCAAGGCCACGACUCGAUCGAAGACGCCCGCAUGGCGCUCCGUCUUUGGAAGAAGUUCCAGGAAUAUGAAGAUGCGGGUAUCGUCAAUCAAAUAUUAGAAGAAAUCUUCCGCGAAGGAGCUAAGCUUGGAUUCCGACCUCCCCCUCGAAACGGCACGGCAGCCGUUCUUUCUCGUCCCGGGACUGCCGUGACCAUGCAAACAUCUAACGGCGCCAGCACACCUACUGGUCAGGAAAAUGUCCCACCACCAGUUAGCACACCAACUACGCCUCGCCAAGGGUUUCGUCGGACGAUUGCUUUGACGCCUAGUAAUGGCAGUUUUAGCAGUCCUGGGACGGGUGAUUUCUUUACAGGGAGUCCCUUGCGGUGAUUGAUAUAUGGUUGGAUUAGCCUUGGUUUUAGCGACCCCUUUUUUGCAUAACCUUUUUUUUUUUUUUUUUUUUUU